CAAACUGAAACCAGACCAAUACCGGCCAUGGCCGCGUGUAGUUAAACCUUACCGUACGUUGCCUGAAAGAGCAAUCAACGAAAAUAAUUGUAAGCUGACCGUUUACUCUGUUAAAUAGUGAGGUUAAUCACUAGAGAAGCUAGACCGUGUGGUUACUCAAAUUGGGUUGACGGAUCAUCUAUUUCUCUUUCUUGGUUGCGCUAUUGGUCGAUCGAAGCAAAAAAUUUGUUGCCUUCCUCAUAUUUUCUAUGUAAAUCAAGCUUCUAAUCAUCAAGGUAUUCUCUGGUUUAUGCUUUUUUGAUCCAUAUGCAUAUUGGGUUUUCUCUCUUUCUCAUUUGAUAGCUUCGAUUUGUGAAAUCCACUUCUGAGCUGAUAUUCAAUGUUAGUUUGAAAAUGAUUCUUUCCUUUGGAAGAGAGGUGAACUUGGGCUCAAUGAUCAAUUGUGUUUCAGCUUAGAAAAUUGUGAACUUAGGCUCAAUCACCUAUAGCAUUUAGAAAAGAAGGUAUAUAAAAACGCAAUUUAGGAAAAAAAAAAAAGGAAGUUUAAAAAGGGGUUCCUAAGAUGCAUUUGCUGGUUUGGAAGAGGUAGAUUUUCCUUGUCGUGUAAAUGGGUGAACUCGAGUCUUAUAUAAUUAGGGGUAUUUAAAAAUGACCCAUAAUUUGCUUCAAUUUAUCCGUAGUUAAACUGAAAUUAUACAAGUGUUGAUAGAUUGGGUUGGGUUAUUAUUAUUUUUUCAGAUUGAAUUAUAUGUUUCUUAGUUAAAUCAAUAAUUUGACUCAAACCAAUUCUCAUUAUUCUCUGAUAAUGCUCUUACUCCUUUGCUUUUGUUUUAAUUUUAAUUACCCAAUUAAUGCUUCUCCAGCUUUUAAAAAAAAAUAUACAUCUAAUUGCUUUAGUAGCGAUCAUUUUAUUACUAGCUUGGCUUGAUGCAGCCAUUGAAAGCAUAUUACUCACUUGGUAGACUUAAGGUUGAGUUUCCACUCCAUUUAAUACCUUACACAAUCUUUUUUUUUUUUUAAGAAAAAAACACAACGAAUUUAUAUAUGGAAGAUUUACAAUUUAGUCUCUAGAUAUUGACAUUAUUAACAAGUCAGUCUUUACAUUUUUUAAAAUCUAUUAAAAUAUUCUCUGUCUUUUCUCUCCAUCAACGAAAUAGUCCUUCUGUCUAUUUCUGAUGUUAAAAAUAUAGCAAAAUAUCAAAUUAUCCCCCUUCUUCUCGUCCUCCUUCUUCUUCUCCUUCUAGGGACCAGGGACUAUUUUUGUUGACGCGGCGAAAUGAUAAAAACGUUUUAAUUGAUCAGGAAAAAGAUAAGGACGUUUUAUUAGAUUUCUGAAAAUGUAGGGACUAACUUGUUAAUAAUCACAAUACUCAAAGACUAAAUCAGAGAUUUUAUUUGAAAGCAAAAUUGGGUUUUAAAAUUUUUUUCUCUCAUCUUUCAUUUAUUUUUAAUGAAAAAGAGGACGGAAAAACUAUUUUAUUGACGGAGAGAAAAUAUAAGGACGUUUUAAUGGGUUUCUGAAAAUGCAGAGACUGAUUUGUUAAUAAUAAAACCGCGAUCACAGCCGCGGUCGGGGAUAACGGAAACAGGCCUGGCGCUACGCAAAUUUUUCAAAUCAAUUUGCAAAGUUCAUAAAAUGAUAUGAUAUCAAUAGAUUUAAUUCAGAACAAUGUAUACAAAUAUAUAAUAAACAUAAAUAUAUCAAAUAUAUACUAUUUAGCUUAAAUUAAAUACCAUAUGGGAAAUUACCAACCUCACUACCACCAAAAAGAACGUUGUGCAGGUUCUUGUUGGUCUUGACUUUGGCUUUCUGAACUUUGAUCAUUAAGGUGAUGCUGCUGAUGUUGAUAGUAUUGUUGUGGAUCAAAACUGAAUAAGGAACCACCACCCAUAAUAUCAUUAGGAUCACCAUAAGUUGGUUGAGGGUACGAUGAAGCUGACUUUGCUCCUGAUAAGGGGUAAUAUGAAUAUGUAAGAGGAUAAUUUGUUGGAUAUGGCACCCCUCUAAAUUGGCCAUAGAGCCCAUAAUUUGAUGAAGUAUCUUCAGAUGAUGAGCUACCACUUAGUCCACCACCAUACAUAAAAUUUGGAUUAUACGUGCAAAAGUCGUAUCCAUAAUUUAAUGAAUCAAUUGACCCCUCAUAUGCAACACCCUUACCCCAUGUUUGGGAUGUUUCAGCACCACCAGUACAAUUAUGAGAGCCUCGUGAUUUUUGAUAUGUACACAUCGGAAAUGGAUCAGAAGCAAUUCUAAUUCCACUUUGUCUUUGAGUAGGUGGAUCUUGUGAACUACGACUACCACCUCCUUCAACUGUUGUUCCUCUUCCACCUUGAUCACCACCACCAUCAUCAUCAUCACCAGCACCACCUUGUUGUCCUUGAGUUUGAGUGGCAGAUUCAGACUGUGAUGGAGCAUUUUUAUCAAUACCCACCUCUUCACCAUCCAACCAUGGAUUUGGUUGCCCAUCAAGCAAUAGAGAUUCACUUUCCUCCAACCAAGAGUUUAGCGGAUCAUCUUUGUAGAAAAAUAAUAUUUUGUUGUUAUAUUUCACAAUAGAGAUUACAACCUAUUUAUACAUGAGAGAUGAUAUCUAAACAGUAAGGAAAAUCAAGUCUAUGAUUAUACAAUUCUAAGAUUAAGCAACUGAUCCAUCUAUCAAUAUUUAGGUCCUAUAUUAACAUAUUUACUUCCUAUAACCUAUAACAAUCUUCUUCAAAAAUAUAAUCUAAAUUAAGUGGAUCGUAGCUCCUGUCUAACUCUUGUUGGUUUUUUCUUGUCACAUUUCUAAUUUUCAGGCUCAUAUUGUAGUGCACAAAGACAAGUGCAUGUAAUUUUUGAUACUUCAAUCUGUUUCUUGUCUUUGUGUGAAUGAGAGAAAAUGUGCUUCAAUUUCUCUCACACUUUGAAGCCGAAGUUGUUUGGCGGCUGCAAAAUAUUUUUAAAUUUUUAUUAUUUUAAUGAACUUAGUUGUAUAAAAAUGAAUGAACAAAAAUAAUUUAUACUUAUUUUAUAAACUUAGUACCUGGAUUAGUGAAUUUAAUUGCCUUUUGCGCUAAAACUGUUCCAAAACUCUCUAUUUUGUCUCAAAAAAGUAAGGUCUACAUGUUCCAAAUUCCAGUAAGUUAACUUCAAGUUCAAAAGCAACAGUUCAAGCUUCAAGCCUUCAACUACACUAACUUAGUAAUACUUAAGAAUUAGCUUGUUACUUACUUUAUCCCCCUCUAGACGUUGAAUCACAUUUUUGAGACCCAACAUGAUCUAUCCUGCAAAAUAAAAUAUGAAGAUAGAUAAUAAGUUAUCUCUUAAUUUAAUAAUUUAAUUUUCUAACGGACAAUAGACUCUAAAGCAAUGAAGUUUGUGGCAAAUCUAGUGAUGCCAGGUCGAAUAAUAUCUCUAUUGUCCAUGAGUUUCUUUAUAUAAUUGACCACCCUAUUAUGAUUAUAAAUAAAUUGCGUAAUUACAUUGGCUUGGUCAAUUAUUUUUUUCACACUCUUCUUCUUUCCAAUAUCUUUUAAAAUCAAAUCAAUACAAUGAGCACUACAAGCAGUCUAAUAUAGUUUAGGGAAUUUCUCCCUCAGUUUCUUCCCUCCUAAUUUAAUGACAGCUUCUUUGUCCGUUACCACUUGGACAAUUUUUUGAAAGCCUAUUUCUUCCACUACUUCUUUCAUAAUUUUAAAAUAGUAUUCUCCAUCUUUAUGUUCCACAUUGGAUGCAUCAAUAGACUUGUGAAACACUGUGCCUCUGUUUGAGUAGACAAGGAAAUUUACUAUACUCAUACGUGUUGGCCCACUCCAACCAUCACACAUUAUAGUAACUCCCCUCUUCUUCCAUAUCCCAUCAAAUGAGACUAUAUAUUUUUUCAUCUCAUUAUACUCAUUUUUCAUAUAAACUUCUGCAAUUUCAUAAGCACUAGGUGGAGAUACAUUAGGCCCGAUUUCUGCUGUUGUUCUUAAAAGUGGCUUUGUCCACGGUGACUCAACAAUACUGAAGAGAAGCCUAUUAUGUAUAACAAAUUUCCAAAUGCUUUCAACAUUUUCUCCUUUUGUGUCUUCAACCAUUUAGUUUUUAACUUUGGCUGCUUCUGUUGAGCUCUGUUUCUCUCUAUUUCAACUUCUGUGCAGCCAACCGAGAUGCCGAUGUAGAUACUUCUGCAUAUCUUUGUGCUUCUCUACCUCUCUCACGUGUAGUAGCAGAACGACCCAACACUUGUCCGCUACUACCACCAACAUCAAAUCUAGAUCCAGUUCUCCUUCUAAAUUCAUCCUCUUCCAACUACCUCAUGCUCGUCCGUCUCGCCAUUUCCAUUUUGAUGUCCUCCUCCUCCUCCUCCUCCUCCUCUUCAUCAUCUUCGAUUCUAUUCAUAUUUAUAAUUUCUUCUUCUAAUUCUGUUUCUCUUUUUUCUUUAUUCUUUUUAGCUAAUUGGUAUUCUUUCAGGAUAGCGGCUAUAUCCUUCUUAACUUGAGAAGAAACUUUCUGACAACCUGCAAUUUGAUCAGGUAUGUUAGCUAAGUGCAAAUUCAAUAUUGUUAUUCCACCUGUGACUUUUCUCCCACAGAAAUUGCCAAUCAUUUCUCCUUUUUUCCUUUUAGGUGGUACAAACUUUCACCCAAUAUCAUCACUUAGUUUACCACCCCUUGAGUAAAACCAGAACCACUUCCACGAGGCAUUUUCAAUGCAAAUAUUUAAUAACUGUUCAUAAAAAUGAAAAGAUAUCAAAUGUGAAAUACAUGGAAGGCAAAUAUUUUUUUUCAUAACUAAUAUUUUAAUUUUAACCUAACUCUAUACAUUAAUUUCUAUUUAACACAAAUUAUAUAGAUAUGAAAUUUUUAAUUGUCCAACUACAAGUCUUAGUCUACCACUAUUAAUUUAACUCAAAACUAACACUUUAAUCCACAAAAAUUAAACAAAGAAAAAAAAUACAGCAACUAAAAAUAAUUUAAUUUCAUAAUAAUUUCUGAAAAAUAGUCUAAACUAACAAAAACCAUACAAUUUUUAUAGAUCGGACAAAUUAAUAACCUCAAAGUAUAUUUUUAACUUAAAACUACAAAUUUAAUCUACAAAAAUUAAAUAAAAAAAUACAGCAGCUCUGAUUCCUCUGAAUUCUGAAAGUAAAAAUAUACUAUUAAUUUAACUCAAACCUAACACUUUAAUCCACAAAAAUGAAACAAAAAAAAAUACAGCAACUAAAAUUAAUUUAAUUUCAUAAUAAUUUCUGAAAAAUAGUCUAAACUAACAAAAACCAUACAAUCUUUAUAGAUCGGACAAAUUAACAGCUCAAAUCAUAUUGUUAAUCCAAAACUACAAAUUUAAAAAAAAAACAAAAAAUACAACAACUGUGCAAGUAAAAAUACACAGAACUAUUAACUCAUCUUUUAGAAGAAAUUUCCUUGAAAUGAAAUAGUUAAUGGUAGAUUUAAGCUUGUAAAUGAGAAAUGUUUAGGGAAGCUUGAGAUUGAGAUAUUUGAGAGAAAAGGAAGAGAAAGUUAGAAAAAACUUAGUUGCAAAAUGAGUUUCUGGCUUUCUGCUGUACUGCUUGCUGGAGAAGAAGGAAAAAAGUGGUCAAAUUCAAUGCAUAGCUAGCUUCUGAAAUCUGAAUAUAUUCUCUGAAAUUCUGAAUUUUGUGUUGGGAUAAAGUAACGGCCGUUACCGUUACAUAACUAUUGGUAACGGCCGUUACCAUUACGUAACUGUCGUUACGGACGCAACUCAAGGGGGGCCUUUACCUUGAUACCGUUACAUAACGGCCAUUACGUAAUACCAUGAUAAUAGUAAUACUCAAGGACUAAAUAGUAAAUCUCCCUUUAUAUAUAUGUAUGUUUCUAUAUACACACACCCCUUGUUGAUAGAGUUGGAAGAUACAAAUUCUUUUCAAGCAAUUUAUUUGUCUAUGAAUUUUUUACAUUUAGAAAAUAAUUGUCAAAGUGCUCUGUCUCCCGUUUGAUUUGCAAACACCAAAUUGCUAUUUUCUCUUUCUAAUUUCCUUUGUUUGUGUGGUUCAUUUGUUAUUACAAUUGAUUUCUUUUUUUUAGUUUAUCAGGAGACGAGUGAGCCUCUUCAUUACCGAUAUUCUAACUGUCUAUCAUCAUGGCAUCUUCCUUCACAGCUCGAAAAUGGAAGUAUGAUGUGUUUCUUAGCUUUAGAGGAGAGGAUACCCGUGAUAAUUUUACUAGCCAUCUCUAUGAUGCUUUAUCUUGUAAAAAAAUCAAGACCUUCAUAGACAAUGACCUUGAAAGAGGGCAAGAAAUAACCCGAGUCAUUUUGAGAACAAUUGAAGAAUCAAUGAUUUCUAUAAUCAUUUUCUCCAAAACUUAUGCAUCUUCUCCAUGGUGCUUGGAUGAAAUGGUGAAAAUACUUGAGUGCAGGGAAGUUCAUGGUCAAACAGUUUUACCAAUUUUUUAUCAUGUAGAUCCUUCCGAUGUUGAAGGUCAAAGUGGAAGUUUUGGAGAUGCAUUUAUUGAACUUGAGAAGAACUUCAAGGAGAAAAUGGAAAGGAUGACCAAGUGGAGGGCUGACUUGAUGAAAGUUUCAAGGAUAUCUGGAUGGGAUUCCCGGGUUAUAAGGCCUGAAGCUAAACUUGUGAAAGAAGUUGUGGAACAUAUUUUGAGGAAAUUGGAUCAUGCAUUCUCAGGAGAUUUGAAGGGUCUGAUUGGAAUACACUCGCACAUUAGACAGAUUAAAAAUUUAUUAUGCAUAGGGUUGCCAAAUGUUCGUAUUGUAGGAAUUUGGGGCAUGGCUGGCAUAGGCAAAACGACUAUUGCUAGAGCUUUUUUCAACACUAUCUCAAAUCAAUUUGAAGCUUGCACUUUUCUUGAGAAUGUAAACGAAGAAUCAAAACAAUUUGAAGGGCUACGUCGUUUAAGAGAAAAGCUUCUUUCUGAAUUACUAGAGGAGGAAAAUCGACAUAUUGUCACUUCCAACAUAGAAUCUGUUUCCGUUAAGGACAGGAUCCGCCACAAAAGGGUUUUGCUUGUCCUUGAUGAUUUGAAUGAUGUGGAUCAGCUGGAAGCCCUCAUUGGAGGAUGCGAUUUUGCUUUGGGAAGUAGAGUUAUAGUGACAUCUAGAGAUAGGCAAGUUCUAAAGAAUGGAGUUGAUGAAAUAUAUGAAGUUGAGGGAUUAAAUGAUGAUGAAGCUCUUCAACUGUUCAGUUCCAAUGCUUUUAAGAAAAGUUAUCCCACUUUUGAUAGAUUGGAGCUAUCAAAUAGGGUGGUGAACUAUGCUCAGGGAAACCCCUUAGCUCUUAAAGUUUUGGGUUCUUUCUUAUUUGACAGAAGGAGAGAAGAUUGGGAAAACACACUGGAUAAACUUGGAAGAAUUCCUCAGGCUAAAGUUUUUCAUUUGCUGAGAACAUGUUUUGACACGCUUGAUGAUGAUGAGAAAAAUAUAUUUCUGGAUAUUGCAUGUUUUUUCAAGGGGCAACAAAUUGAUUUUGUAAGGAGAGUACUAGAUGGUUGUGGUUUCUCAGCAGGAAUUGGAAUUACUGUUCUUCUUGAUAAAUCUCUUAUUACUAUCCUAGAUAACAAGCUGGGAAUGCAUAAACUGUUGCAAGAAAUGGCUCAUGAAAUUGUUCGCCAAGAAUCUGUUAAAGAGCUGGGCAAGCGCAGUAGAUUGUGGAGAGCUUGUGAUGUCUAUCAAGUCUUAACAAAAAAUCUGGGAACUGAAAAUGUUGAAGGGAUAUGGUUAGACACAUCUAAAAUGAGAGAAAUGGAUGUGAGUUCAAGAGCCUUUGUGAGGAUGGAUAAUCUUAGAUUGCUCAAAAUCUACAAUUCUAGAGUUAGAAAUAAUUGUAAACUGCACCUUCCUCGUGGCCUUAAGUUCCUUUCUGAUGAGUUGAGGUACAUCCAUUGGGAUGGAUACCCUCUGAGCUCUAUGCCAUCCAAUUUUCAGGUGGAGAACCUUGUUGAGCUAAACCUGGCUUACAGCAAAGUUAAACAGCUAUGGACAGGAGUACAGAAUCUUGCAAGUUUGAAAGAUAUUAACCUUAGCAAUUCUGAGCACUUAAAUACUUUCCCUGAUCUCUCACUGGCAAAGAAUCUUGAGAGAGUAAAUUUUGAGUUCUGUACUAGCUUGGUAGAAGUUCCCUCAUCUAUUCAGUUUCUAGAGAAGCUUACUGAUUUGAAUAUGAGAUGCUGCACAUGCCUUGAGAGUUUUCCUACAGGUAUUAAUUUGAGAUCACUUAAGACUCUUUACCUUUCCGGCUGUUCAAAUCUUAGGAAGUGUCCUGAGAUAGGAAAGAACAUAGUGUAUUUAAACUUAAAUGAGACUGCAAUAGAAGAACUUCCGGAAUCAAUUGGCCAUCUCAGUGAUCUCAUAGCAUUGAAUUUGAAGGAUUGUAAGCAAAUCAGGCAUCUUCCAAGAAGCAUGCGUUUGUUGAAAUCCCUUGUGAUUAUUGAUCUCUCUGGCUGCUCAAAUAUCAUUAGGUUUCCCGAUUUUGCAACACGUAUAGAAUUCUUGUACUUGGGUGAAACUGCAAUAGAAGAACUUCCCUCUUCAAUUGGUUGUCUCUCAAGGCUCUCUCGUUUGGAUCUAACAAACUGCAAAAGGCUUAAGAACCUUCCUUCUACCAUUUUUAAGUUGGCAUCUCUUGAAAAUCUUAUCAUCUCUGGCUGCUCAAGUAUUACUGAGAUUCCAGAGAUGUCGAGUAAUAUAAGGAAGUUGUUUAUAGAUGGGACAUCAAUAGAAGAAAUUCCCUCAUCAAUAGAGUGUUGUUUUGAUCUUGUUGAGUUGAACCUGCAAAACUGCACAAGAUUUCGUAUUCUUCCAAGCGGUAUUUGUAGGUUGAAAUCUCUGCAAAAGCUUAAUCUCUCAGGUUGCUCCAUGUUUGAGAAUUUUCCAGAAGUUUUGGAGGUUAUGGGAUCAUUGAGGUAUCUAUAUUUAGAUGGAACAGCCAUACAAGAGUUACCUUCACCAAUUGAAAAUUUGAAAGGGCUUACCUGCUUGGAAUUAAGGAACUGCAGAAAUCUACAGGGAUUGCUGGAAGGAAUCUCUGGUGUAAAAAAUUUCAGCAGAUUACCUGAAAGGUGGGUGGAUAUUCAAUAUCUACGAAAGCUCAACGUAAAUAAUUGCAGUUUAUCACAUGUGCCUUAUUGCAUUGGCUGCUUAUCCUCACUAGAAGCAUUAGAUCUAAGUGGAAACCCUUUUACAUACAUGCCUGAAAGCAUUAGUAAGCUCUUUGAGCUUCAGUACCUUGGUUUAAGAAAUUGCCAGCAGCUAAUAUCAAUACCAGAUCUUCCGCCCCAGCUUACAAAAUUAGAUGCACAUUUUUGCGUUUCGCUGAGAUCAGUAUCACUUCAUUCCAAUGGAGCCGAGGGAAACAUUUUUGAUUUCCAUUUCACUAAUUGUGACAAGUUAACUUCAGUUGCAAGGCACAACAUCAUGGCAUAUGCUCUACGAAAAAUUGAGCUGUACUCCAAAAAACUGCAUUGUCAGAUGCCUUCUGUGUUAGCUGGGGAAUCUAGCUUUUGCAUUCCUGGAAGAAAAAUUCCGAAGUGGAUUUGCCAUCAGAGUGAGGGAUUUUCAACGACAGUUCGACUGCCUUCACAGUGGAGUAAUGGUGAGUUCCUGGGUUUCAUUCUCUGUGCAGUUAUUGCAUUCAAUGACUCCAACAUUGACAACGGUUUCCAAGUGAAAUGUGAAUACCAUUUCAAAGAUGAGCAUGGCAACUGCAGUAAUCUCCAUGGUCAUAUCAGUGGCUGGUAUGGUCGAAGAUAUCUCUGGAAUUACCGCGAAAUCCAAAACGGGGGAGUAUAUCCCAUGUUCUUUGGGUAUGAUCCUUGUGUGGAUGUUAAGAAAAAUGCUCAGUUUCCUAAACACACACAGCUUCUGGUUGAAUUCCAUCCUGAAGAUAUGGAUGGCCAUCCUUUACAUUGUUGCAAGGUUGUCAAUUGCGGGGUACGUAUAUUAUAUGCUGAAGAGGAGAGAUUAUGUCGAUGUUCUUCUCUCCAUCAACAGAUUAAGGAAGCAUUAUCCAAAACAAGGGAUGAAAUUUGCUCCUAUGAAGAUCAAAAUCUAUGGGAGAGCUUUCUGGAACACAAGAAAACCAAAGUUGUUGGGACAAGCUGCAAAAUGUACCAAUGUUUGCUCUGUGAAAGUCACGACUUUGGGUGUUUCGAUGUGGUCGAUGAACAAGAUAUUGAUACUCUUGCAUCUUUAUGAGAAAUUUCAGAUUUAGGCAAUUGUAUGACAUGAAAAAAGAAAAAAUGAGAAUAAGGUGGAGAGAGAGAAAAAAAAAAGAAGAAUCUAAUACCAGUGGUCAAUUUUAUUUUAAUAUUAUUAAUAUACAUUUCUCCAUCUUCUUCUCUUCCCUUUCCCCCUUUCUCUCUCAGAAAUGACCAGUUUAGAAGCUUCCUUCCUAUCAUCAAUAAGCAAAACCCGUGAACUUUCCAUGCAUUUUCAUAAAUUUGGCUACAACCCUAAGGUGCCUAUAUAUAUAUAAAUCAAUGACCAAGGGUGCAUAUGCUUCUAAGGAAAUUUUAUAAGAGAAAAAAAAUAAGUGUUAAUGAGAUAUAUAGCACAUCUUUAAUAUCUAGUGAUGGGUUGUUUUGGCAAGCGAAACUCUGAAAAUAAACAAAACCCAUAUCAAACACCUGCCAAAGGAACUAAUCCUCCUCGUCAAGCUCAUUAUGGAGGAGCUAGAAAGGCAAAAGUCGCAGCAAACAUAGCCAUGGUGUUGGAGCAGUUACUGCAGGUGUUACUGCUGCAGUCGCUGCAAGUUCAGCCGCUUCUAGUGGUGCUGGUGCUUGUGGUGGAGGUGGUUGCGCCGUUUCAGGCUGUUGAGGAUUGUCUUUGCAACAAUUCAAUUUCUUCUUUAUAUAUUUGUUAAUUACAUAUCAUCUCAUGAGAUUCUAUUAAUUUGUCAUGUUUUUACUUGAAUUUCAGAAAUAAAAAUUAUAGAAGAAAAUAAAAGGAUUGGUUGUAAGAAAUAUAUAUUGUUGUAUA